AAUAUAUAGAGAGACAGAGUUGUAGAGUGAGGGUGGUUUGAAAGUGGGCACGGCUGGUGGCUGUACUUGUUGCAGACUAAGGUGUGUCCGAUAAAUCUUUUACUCAGGAUACUGCAGACAAUUGGUUCCAAAGUUCAAGGGUACAAAUAUACAGGAGAACAGCGCGGAGUUGGAAAACCAGAAGAAGACGAGUAAAAGAGAAGUGUCAAGGUGAUUAAUUUGGGAUUUCUUUUUUCUAAUUCAGUCACUGGCGUGGACAGGAAUAAACACAGACAAGACAAAAUAUGGCAGACAAGACAAGUCCGAGAGGCAAUUCUGGUGACUUUGCUAAAAAAGUCCAAAGACAGCUGAGCAGAGGCAAAGAAAAGGUAAUGCAAAGGCUGGGAAAGUCAAUGGAGACCAGAGAUGACCAUUUUGAACAUUGUCUUCAAAACUUUAAUGACCAGCAGACUGAUGGGAACCGAAUAUACAAGGACUUGAGGGUCUACGUUAAUGCAGUUAGAGACAUGCGUGAAGCUUCAAGACGCCUUUCCCAGUCUCUGUUUGAUGUUUAUGAAUCUGACUGGGCUGGAGAGGAAGAUUUAGGAGCCAUUGUUGAGGGGGAGGACCUCCUGUGGAAUGACUACGAGGUGAAGCUAUUAGACCAGGCCGUGCGCACCAUGGAGUCCUACGUGAGCCAAUUCCCUGAUGUCAGGGACAAAAUUGCCAAGAGGGGAAGAAAGCUGGUUGACUACGACUCCUCCCUUCACCAGCUAGAGGCACUGCAGACUGCAAAAAAGAGGGAUGAUAUCAAGAUAAGCAAGGCAAACGAAGAGAUGAAUACUGCCAGAGUUAUCUAUGAGGGGAUCAAUAAUGAUCUGAAAGAGGAGCUCCCAGUUCUCUUUGACAGUCGUAUUGGAUGCUAUGUAGCUGUCUUCUCAGCUGUGUCAAAUUUACGAGACAUCUUCUACAAGGAAAUGAGUACGCUCAAUCAAGAUCUACAAAGUGUGAUAAAGGAGCUGCAGGCUCAGCAUCCAGACAAAGCAUUUGCUCUAAAGGGAUUGUCCCGGUACGGCUCACUGAAAAGACGAAGUCUGAUCUCUCCAAAGGCUUGGAAAGCCAGCUUUUCUGAGGUUCACAGGAGCUUCAGUCCUAGAACGAGCCAGCGGUUUAGUUUCAGAUCCCCAGAAAAACCUCGACACAGCAGCUUGUCCAGAGAAGGCAGCAUGCUUAGAGGGUCUUUAGUCGAGUCCAGGGAACUGGAUAUAGGGUCGUACCAAAGUGAAGUCCACAGCCCUUCUGCACAGGAAGAUGCUGGAGAGAGUGCAUCAGGAAGUGAGCUGAAGUCGGGAGACAACAACAAUCAAGUUGAAGGAGAAAAGGCAGUGAAAGAAGAAGAGCCUAAGCCGCCUGUAGAAUCGGAAAAUAAAGGAGAUGGAAAAAAAGAUCUACCAAGUGCAAGCAGCUCUGAACAAAAUAACUCCCAUGAAUCAGAUAGCUUGGAGCUCCAGCUGUCUGCAGCAGACAAUGGCCCACUGCACAUUGAAGAGAUGGAUGACAGCCCGGUAACCCUUGAAACUCCAAAACUGAACAGACUGGAGAAUGGUGACGCUUCUGGCUUGAAUUCUGACGCCAAGGAUCUGAGCAUUCCUCAGAAGGACGUCCCUGCAGAGAAAGAGAUAUCCUCGAACUCAAAAAACACAACGGUUUAAAGUUUUCAUUAUAAAACAAAAGAACCAAACAAUGCCGAACUGGCUGAAGUCAACAGCUGCAGAAGAAAGAAAAAAAAGACAGGGAGACAGUCGCAACUGACAAGUUCAACUGUGAUUUCAUGACUGACGAACUGUUGCUGUUAGUUUUCUUAUUUAUCUUUUAAGGAAAUCAACUUUGCAUACAUAUUGGUGUCUUUGGGAAAAGCUAUAUUUUCAUAAACUCACUCACUGCAUUAUUAAAGCAAAUACAUUUUAAAAUGAGGGAUUUAUACAACUAAUGCUAGCAAAGACAGAAGCUCUACAUAGGUUUACACUGCUAAAAAGAUACUGACCACAGAAUGGUUAAUCUACCCAGAUAUGAUAUGUUUCUGUCUCUGUGUAAACGUGAAGAGAAUGCCACUCCACUCUUAUUUUAGAACCAACGAGGAGGCGUUUUAAUCAUUUUAGUCUUUUAGCCUGUUUUAUUAUUUCUUUUUAUUUGUUUUUGAUUAGAUUUCAUUAAUUAUGCCUGCAGUGUGAGGACAAACUUUGUAAUUCUGAAAAAUAAACAUAGUUCAAAUCUUGUUUAUACUAAAGCUGAAUUUCUGACUUCUUAAUUCUUUGGUCAUUCGAUGUAUGUGUGCACAGGACAUAAGAACAUUGUGUAAACAGCAGUAAAAACUGGGUAAUGUCACCAUUUUGUCGCUCUGCUAGUAGAUGUUUAAGAUGAUGGGGUGAAAAAUGGUGAGCGCUCACUCAGUACUCAUCAGAUGUAUACAACAUUGCUUGCUUAAUGAUUUGACUGUAAUGACAAAUUAUCUGGGAAAAAAACAUAAUUGAUUAGACAGUAUUGGAAAGGUUUGAUUAUAUAUACACACGUUUUAGCUUAUGUUUUUUUGUUUGUUUUUUUUACAACGAAACAACAUGAAAGGACAGCUUCCUGAAAUUUCUUGUGGUCAUCUGAGCCCAGUGUGUGUCUCACUUCUUGAUGUGGAACGACAAGCAGUUUUGUUUUCAGUCAGACAGCUACUAACUUACUUACUGGAUUUUACUGGUGACCGUUACACAUGACAAAUGAAUGCUUACGUGUAAGAAUGCUUACCAAGCGCAACUACAUCUACAGAGUUUUUCAAUCUGGCUAUUUCGGCUCAAGAUUGUUCCUGUUGUAUGUGCAGACAAUGUGAACUUUGUCACAUAUUUAAAUAAUCUGUCAUGACUCAGUCCCCCAUAUUUAUGCGUAAUGUUAAAUAAAAUAACUUUAAGGAGAUACACCUACACCUAUGUAAUAAAGAACCCCAGACAUAACUAGGAUUCUGUAUUACAUAGAUUUCUAGACAUUGAUAAUUUCACCUAUUAGUUAUUUUCUGAUUGUUGGCUAUGUACUAGAACACUGCCUGCAAAGUUAAAACACUUGAUAAUGUCAUAGUGUGCCAUAUAAAGUUAUAAAGUCUUUGUAAAUGAUUAAUAAAUACCAUAAUGCAGCCAUGAACAUUACAGGAGUGGCUAGCUGUUAAGUUGAAACUAAUGCUCAUAAAUCUUGUUUGCAAGGAGUGUGAAGUAGGCAGGUGGGGAGGCGACUGAAGCUGCAAAUCAAACACGUAAACCUGGAGAGCUGGUUUGUGUCCUGUCCUACUCACUGUUUACUCUGUUUUCACUUACUCUUUGGUUGGGUUAGCAAAGGAUUGUGGUUUACGUCGAAAUACCGCGAGUCAACGGCACCUACCUCCGAGACUUACACUAAACCAAAUAUUUUGUCAUCUGUGACACCAUACACAAAACUAUGCUGUAUAUAAUUCAUAACUAAUGACAUAUGUAACCCAUUGCAUACGUAAUUAUUAUUAAACUAUAGUAAUUAGUCAUCAUUACCAUCAGUUUACCCUUAAUAAAGGUGGGUAUGUUAAAACAGAAGGGUUCGCGGUGGGAGUGAUACAUCUUGUUGAGAGACGAUCUUUGACAUGGAGGAAAGGGAGGGGAGGCGGAAACUGAGCGCGUGUGCUUUAUGACUCACGAGUGCUGGAAGAAAAGCUGUGACUAGUUAACUGUAUUCAACAGACGCAGAUUCAGACACUUUACCAGAGCCGCACGCCGGUUAGAUUAUCAGACUUAGAAAAAGGCAGUGGGCGUUAGUUUUCUCCACCAUAAAAGCUCUCCCAGGAGGGGGGGAAACUCAGUGAAUUUGUCCGGUUUUGUGACGCGCUCCUCCGCUGCGCUGCGCCCAGACAGGUAUAACCGGUGAGAACAAUAACCAACCAUGAAUUAUACAGAUAGUGAGAAUUUGACAACAGCCUUUACCACCACAUAUAAAAGCAAUAAAGUGUCCCCAGAUGUGGCACUUGUUGAAUUAGUUCCCACAGAAGCAAAAUCCACUACCAUUCAGGUGUUAACAACAGUUGCUCCCACAACUUCAGACACUGCAGUUAUUGCAGUUGUUGUUAUCCUCAUUCUGCUGACACUAGCUGCUUUGGGCUUUGUGCUCUGCCGGUAUCUGUACCACAACAGAGGGGACUACAGGACGACAGGGGAGCUGGCUCCAGGAGAGGACCCUGAUGAAGAGGACAAUAACAAGCCUGCACCCGAAAAGAAGGAAUACUUUAUAUGAACCUGGUGGAAGACUUACAGCGAGUUAGUUGAGUGUAAGAAAAUGAUCUGUGGAAGUGUGAUAAGAAGGAAAACUAUUUCUUGCGUGUGUGUUUUGAGGGAAACCCGUUACUGGCAGCACACUGUGCAGAGAAAAAAAAAGCCUUGUUGAAGAUAUUUUUCUUUAAAAAUGCAGGUGAAACCAAAGAAAAGAGUACCACUGUGGGGGUGAAUGUUGAUUGGCUGAAGGAGGUGAAAGUUGAAGUUGUGCACAGGUUAGCAGAGCUAAGCACAAAAUAGUUACAUGAUCAGUAAAUGCAAAACAGUCAAAUCAAAGGAGCGCCUUGAAUGUAAUAUUUAUCAUCCACAUUUAAAUUUCUCUUUAUUUGUAAUGCCAUUUCAGUUAGAUUUACCAGACUUUCCCCAAACUAACCAUGUUUAAGAUGAUUUCUGGUGCUAUUAUGGGCUGUUACUUUCAUAUUCAUUUGCUUUUAAGAAAUACUUUUUUAUGCAAUUCUUUUAUUAUAAGCUGGUCAAAGAAAAUGGUUAUCUUUUAAUAGAACAGGACAGCUACACAAUAUUUCUUGUUCUUGGUUGUGUUUUGUAUACCUGAAAUGGUUGCUGGUUACUUCCUUAUUUAUGAUAAACAUGGAAGUCAAUAAAACUUGUUUUUGGACGAGUGUUA